GUCUACUGCCUGUACAGUUGGCUGGUACAGUGUGUGAGCAGAUCUGAGAAGAUGGCUUCAUACGUACCUUUCGGCUGGCAGGGUCUCAGUGCUGCCCUGGCGUUCGUCAGCUCAAUCAGCUCACUAGCUGUCGACACGUUCUUCGGGAAAGGCAAGAAGAAGAAAUUGCCGGCGGGGCCUCCUGGCUACCCGCUGAUCGGCAACCUCUCGAGUCUGGGCGCAAAUCCGCACCUCCAGCUCACGGAGUGGCGGAGAGAGCACGGCGACAUUUACCGGAUACGCAUGGGGCUGCAGGACGCGGUGGUCAUCAACGGGUACGACGCCAUCCGAGAAGCGCUGCUGAAGAAAGCAGACAGUCUGUCUGACAGGCCGUACAUGUACGUUCUUCACGAGCUUAGCUGUGGUGGGAAAGGCAUUGGAUUCGCUGGCUACAGUGACGAGUACAAGAACAGGAGGAAGGCCAUGGUGUCGAUCCUCAGGCGGUUCGGAAUGGGAAAAGGCAUAAUGGAGGAAAAGAUUCACGAGGAAGUGCUGGAAUUGAAGAAAAACUUCGCACGGCAGGCGGCCAGCGGCGAGGCGUUUGACCCUUCUCAUCUGCUGGGCUGCUCGGUGCUGAACGUCAUCUGCUCCAUGAUCCUGGGGGCGCGGUUUGAGCAGGACGACCCGCUGUUCCACCGCCUGGUGGCGCUCAUGGACCGUACCGUGGCCGCCAUGGGACCCAGUCAGAUCCUGAACGUGUUUCCAUGGCUGCGAUUUCUGCCUGGCAUGGGACAGACCGGAAGUGACGUCUUCAGGUGCGCUGAGGAGAUCCGGGAGUUCCUGUCCGGAGUCAUCCGGGAGCAGAGGAGCCAGCUCAACAACAACGAUGACGUCAGCUUCGUGCAGAGUCUGGAGGCAGCUCUGAAGGAGGACGACCAGGUCACCAUGAUCAUGCAAGAUCUGUUCAUAGGCGGCGCCGAGACGACCACCACCUCGCUGCGCUGGGCCCUGCUGUACCUAGCCCUCCACCCCGAGGUGCAAGAGAACAUGCAGACCGAGCUGGACCGGGAGGUUGGGCGGGAGAGGAGGCCAUCCCUCACCGACAAGCCGCGCCUGCCCUACACGGAGGCCGCCAUUCUGGAGGUCCAGCGGGUCCGCACCAUCGCGCCGCUGAGCAUCCCGCACGCCGCCUCGCAGGACGUGGAACUCCGCGGGUACAACAUCCCCGCAGGCACACAGGUGUUGGUGAACCUGUGGUCCGUCCACAUGGACCCGGCACACUGGCCCGAUCCGGACAGGUUCGACCCCACCAGAUUCCUGAAUGAGCAGGGGAAGGUCGUCAGGCCUGAACAGUUCCUUCCCUUCUCCAUCGGUCGCCGACAGUGCCCGGGAGAGCAACUGGCCAGAACCGAGCUAUUCCUCUUCCUCACCACUUUGCUGCAGCACUUCACGUUCGAGCUGCCAGAGGGCGCACCGCCCAGCACCGAAGGCGUCAUGGGUAUAUCCCUGUCGCCGACGCCUUACAAAAUCUGUGUUCGCCCACGUGAAUAGGAUAACUGUGAGGCGAUGCAUGUCACAAACAAAACGAAGAUAUGUAUCCAAAAUAUCCCGUCUGCAUAUGUCCACACACCUGUGUUUUACUUUUACUUUUCUCGACGCCCCUGUUCCCAGUGUAGUGCUAUCAACAACUCAACAUUGAACUUUCAACGUAUCAUAUCGGUAUCACGCUGAAAAUUGGAACUGUAGUCCGGUGUAUACGUGUAGACUGUUGGUAAUAUAACUAUAUAUAUGAAUGUAGGAUAUCGAUAUGCGAUAUUGGACAUGCGGUGAGAUGAUUUAUUGCAGGUUAUCAAAUA